AUGAAUGAGAUCAGCAGGAAUGCCCACCUCUUACCCAACAGUACAUUGUCUUCCAUCUUCACUCAAAAUGCUCACAAUGAAAUGGGAACCUCUUACGGGACAAUGGAUCUCCUUUUCAAAAGACAUGGGAGCCCCUUCAACUACAUCUGUGGAAAGUCAUACAAGCUAAUGGCUAUCAUUGGUGGGCUCACAUCUCAUAAUUCCAAGCAGAUGCCACAAAUCUUAAAUAUCUACAAGCUGCCACAGCUCAGUUAUAGCUCCUUUGACCCUUCCCUGAGUGAUAAAACACAGUUUCCUUCUGUCUAUCGGAUGAUCCCCAGUGAAACUCCUCAGUAUCUUGGGAUUGUGCAGCUACUUCAGCAUUUUGGAUGGACUUGGAUUGGGCUUAUUAUUUCAGAUGGUGACAGUGGAGAAGUGUUAUUGAGGACUCUCACUCCUUGGCUGCUCCGGAACAAUAUUUGUUUUGCUUUUAAAGAAAUACUGAAGGACCCCUGGGCAGUAAAAGAGCAAAAGAAGCAGCUUCACUCCUUCCUGAAAAACAUCCGCUUCAACAAUAGUGCUGGGGAAGAAAUAUUUUUUGAUAAAAAUGGAGAGUUGGCAGCUGGAUAUGAUAUCAUUAACACCAUCACAUUCUCCAAUCGGUCCAUCCACAAAAACCAUGUUGGAAGGAUUGACCCCCAGGCUCCCAAAGGAAAACAGUUCACCAUCCAUAGAAAUGCCAUUGUGUGGAAUCACAAGUUUAACCAGAUCCUUCCCCAAUCCACGUGUGUUGGGAGUUGCUAUCCUGGACACAGCAGAAUUGUGCGACAGGGGGAACAGAUCUGCUGUUAUGAUUGUCCUCAGUGCUCUGAAGGAAUGAUUUCAAAGCUGAUGGAUGCAGACCACUGCAACAAGUGCCCUGAGGAUCAGCAUCCAAACAAGAAACAGGAUCACUGCAUCCCUAAACAUAUCAUCUAUCUAUCGUACAGAGAGCCCUUAGGAAUAAUUCUGGCUUCAUUUGCUCUUUUUGUUUCUUUGAUUAUGCUUGUGGUAAUGUGGAUCUUCAUUCAACAUCAGAAUACUCCUAUUGUCAAAGCCAACAACUGGAGCAUCACAUGCACCCUCCUCAUUGCACUAUUGUUUUGCUUUCUGUGCUCCUUCUUAUUCAUUGGACAGCCUGGGAAGGUGACCUGCCUUCUCCGUCAAACAGUGUUUGGAAUCAUCUUCUCCCUCGCUGUUUCUUGUGUGUUGGCUAAAACCAUCACUGUGGUUCUGGCCUUCAUGGCCACCAAGCCAGGAAACAAGAUGAGGAAAUGGAUAGGGAAGAGACUGGCAGUCUCAGUCAUCAUCCUCUGUACUCUUAUUCAAACUGGCAUAUCUGUUUUCUGGCUGGCAACCUCUCCUCCCUUUCCAGAGUUUGACAAGUACUCCAAAAGGGAUCAGAUGAUUUUGCAAUGCAACGAAGGAUCAGUCCUCAUGUUUUAUACUGUCCUGGGCUACUUGGGGCUUCUGGCCAUCAUCAGCUUCACAGUGGCUUUCUUUGCCAGGAAGUUGCCUGAUACUUUUAAUGAAGCCAAACUCAUCACCUUCAGCAUGUUGGUCUUUUGCAGUGUUUGGUUAUCCUUUAUUCCAACCUAUUUGAGUACUAAAGGAAAAUACAUGGUGGCUGUGGAGAUCUUCUCCAUCUUGGCCUCCAGCACUGGGUUGCUGGCUUGCAUCUUCCUCCCUAAAUUCUACAUUAUUAUCCUGAGGCCUGAGCUGAACACUAGGGAUCAGCUUGUAAGGAAAAAGAAUUGUGGUACCUGA